GACGGCACUCCGUCUACCAGUCAAAGUAGACCGAGUGCCAACCGCACGCCAACGCUUAAAACUGCCAGUCUAAGCAGUAAGGGCAAUACAAAAUCUCGGAAAAAAACGGCCAACAUGGCACGCAAAAAUCGUUACCAGCGAGCGCUUUUUAUGCUAAAGAAAAUUGAGGGCAAUAAAAAAGAAGGCAAGGUCCAUGAACGAGACGAAGCCGACGCUGUUAAAUACCGCGCCAUUGUGGAGGAGUAUCUUCAUGAUGAAGGUCUGCGCCAGUCUGUUAUCACCGGCAAGAACGUCGGAGAUGGCGGCAAGCGUAACAGAUCUCAGGAAGAUCCCGGCAAGGAGGCGAAGCGGCACAAAGAUGGAACGGGGGAUGGAAAGCUAAUGUCAAGACCGGCACAAGCUUCUCGUCCCUUCAGUGAAGUGGCGAGAGACCAUCUCAGUGUGGCCUUGAUCGACGAACACAACUCUAACGGCAAGCUGCUGAUGGAGAGGUGGGCGCUGAUUGAGACCAAACUGUCCGAAUUGGUUAUGGCUGAGCUCAUGACUAAUCCGGGGUCCGUUCCUUCUUUUGACUGCGCAGAUAUCGUCCGUGGUCACCGAGUGAUCAGAUGCGACGACGAGUAUUCGCGGAGUUUUCUCAGCAAGGCGAUCACUAAGAUUAGUGAGAACUGGGACGGUUUAAAGCUCAAACUUGUCCCUGCGGCGGAAAUUCCAUCGAGGCCUCGAGCGCGCGUAUGGUUACCCAAAAACCUUGGUCCUCCUGACCUUAUUCUGCAGCAGCUAAAGCUACAAAAUCCAGAAAUCCUGAUGGAAGACUGGUCGGUUCUCAAGACCGAAGAACCGCAAAAACACAGCCAAUCGUACUUACUUCUUAUCAACGAAGAAUGCUUGCCAGUCAUUGAGGCUAAUGACUGCAAGCUGCGUUACGGCAUCCGGAAGGCAAAAAUUAAAAUCUUUAAAAACGCGCCACCGGAUAAUAUUCUGGAUGAGGUUGAGGGCACUAGUAAGCUGCUAGAUGACCUCAUCAUCGAUAGCAAACCUUGUUGAUGUAUUAAUGGCCAAGGUCGUGCAGAUAAACCUGAAACACUCUAAAUGUGCCACGGAUAAUCUGGCUGUCUUACUCAGGGAGGAGGACAUCGACCUUGCCAUCAUCCAAGAGCCCUGGGUUCAUAGCUCAUGUGUCAAAGGGCUCAACAUCAAUGGGUAUAAUCUUUUUUAUGACAAAGGACAGGUUCUUUAGAUAUAACCACCAUCCGGAUAGAGCGGAAGCUAAAACCUGCGAUUUUGGUAACAUCCGCCUACAUGCCACACGACGAUGAGGCACCUCCAGAGGGGGUACUAUUAGUCCAAAAUUUCGCGCAGACCGAGAAGCUAGCCUUGCUGAUGGGUUGUGAUGCCAAUGCCCGGCACUCCUUGUGGGGAAGCUCGGAAAUUAACGAUAGAGGUGAGUCUCUUUUUGAUUUUAUAUUAAAAUGUAAUCUAGAAGUAUGUAAUAAGGGUAACACUCCCACCUUCAUUUUUCCGAGUACGGAUGAUCGUGUAGGCUGGGAAGAGGUUUUAGAUAUUACCCUUUGUUCGACUUCGUGCUCUUUAACGAUCAAUGAUUGGAGAGUUUCAACCAGGAACUCCUUCUCUGAUCAUAGAUAUAUCAUGUUUGUGAUGAAUAUUCCCAUGGUAGCUAAGCAAUCUCACCGUAAUCCCAGGAAGACAAACUGGGAUACUUUCAGGUCAUUGCUCAAUAGAAAAAUCAACAUAGCCCCCGCUCCAA